AUGCUUGAUGGUGAUCUUAUUAUUGAUGAAUUAGACAUAUUUCAUGAUGAAUAUAAUCGCACAUGUGCACAAUCAGAGCAAUCAUACAAUUACACUUAUAGAAUAUUCCAAGUAAUUAGUUUUAAAGAAUUUCAUGAUUACUUACUUUUAUUAGAUAUUAAACGAAAAAGUAAACAUAAUGAAAAAAAGUAUUUGCCAAUGAAAUAUCUCUAUGAAUAUGCAUUACAUGCUGUUUGUUGUCCAUUACAUUUAUUUGAACGAGCAGCAACAAUAGAUGAACUUGCUGCGCAUGUUGCUGAACUUUUUAAUGUUGAUCCAAAAGAACAUAAACAAAAAUAUGAUCAAGCUCUUAAGAUGGAUUCAUGGUCUGUUAGACUAUCUGUUGAUGUUAAAAGAGCACGUAAUUUAUCUGGUAAAGAUCAAAAUGGCCUCAUGGAUCCUUAUUGCAAUAUAAGUGUGAUACAUAUUCCCAGUAUUGAAGAUGAUUCAAUUACAAGAAAUCAAUUCCAACCAUUAAUGACGAAUUAUAGGCAAGGAAGUCGUAGAAGCAGUGGUGGAACAUAUUCAAUAGAUCGUUCAACAACAGUAUCAUCUAAUGAUACCAAAACAUUGAAAAGUAUUAGUUAUCUUACACAUGUUCAACCACAAACUAUCAAUCCAGAAUGGAAUGAACAUUUUGAAUUUGAGAUAGAAAAUAUACAAGAACAAUAUUUACUUAUAAACGUAUUCAAUUCAGAUCGUGGUCAAGCACCAGAGCUCAAAAGAGGUGCUUCACGCACACCUCUUGAAAUGCAAAGUCUUAUAAUAACAGACGAAAAUGAAGCUAACUUUCUUGGUCAAGUUAGUCUUGAUAUUAAAUCAUUAGUUACAUUUGAACGUGAACAAUGGUUUCCUUUAACUGGAUCGAACCAAAAUCUUUCAAAUAAUAAUAAGCCACGAGGUGAAAUUCUACUUCGAUUGCAAGUUAAAUUUAAAUUGGAUAAUAAAACUAAAAACAGUCAUCAAUAUGGAUCAAAUAGUAGUGUAUUACAAUUUUGUGGUCGUCAUUCAUCAUCAACAUCAGCUCUUGAUCAAAUAAAUUCAUCAACUAUAGCUUAUCCUAUAAUUCCUCAGAAAAAUUCUCUUAUAUUACCAAUGCCAGCUUUUUCUUAUCCAAAAUCACCCAAUAUUCUUAAGAGAAACUUCAGUCAAAGUGUUUCAUGUUUAACACCAGCUGCUGAUUCAGAUUUUCCAUCAUUAGUUGAAGAAGAUCAUAAACUAACUCGUAUUGUUAUACGACAUGAAUUAGAAGAUGCAAGAGAAACAAAGAAAAACAAUGAGUCAAAUGAUUCAGUUAUUGAUUGGAAUGGAUCAUUAAAUAAUCUAUCUUGUAGUGUUCUCACACAAUUUCGUGUUUUAUAUAAUAUUUCAGUUCUAUCAGAAGCAUUAAUACAGUUACUUGUUAUCAUGGAACUUCGAUGUUCAGAAGAUUAUUCAUUAUUUAUAAGUCAAGGUGUUAUUGAAGAUCACUUGAAGAUACUUCUAGAACAAAUACGACAAAGAACUGAUAUUGAUGAUCUGGAUUUUACUGAUUAUGAAAGGACAGUAUUUGAAGAAAUUUUUUCUUUAUUUAUUGGUCACUAUAAAAAACGUGUACGUGAUGAUGCACCAUGGUUUUUACCUUUGCGAGAAAAUAUCUCAAGUAUUGAAAGUAUAUUUCACACAAUUUAUACUUUAUUUCAAUUAAAAAUUUGCUCAAAUCAAUCAACAAGCAAAAUACUUCUUGAAGACACAAUCAAAACUCGUUUACAAAUGGAUAUUAAUGAUUCAUUUAGUGUUCAUCCAUUUGUAUUUCAGGAUAGAAACGAUAUACAAUUAAAUGCUGUUCGAAAAUUUCUUGAAUUCGUUGAAAAAUUAGCUGAAUCAAUGUCAAUUAUAAAAAAAUAUCAGGAACUCUUUGCAUCCUUUAAUGUUAGUUAUAUAAAAAUAUGUUUUUUUGAACCCAAUAGUGCAGGCGAUCGUUUAACUGAAGUAACAAGAUGUUUAUUAAAAAAUAUGACAGACUAUUUGCAAAAAUAUGCAAAACCAAUGGUGAAAGCAACAUCAUCAAUAUAUGAUCCAAAUUUAAUUCAAAGUUCAAGGGUACUUUUGAAAUUAUAUUUAUGCUUAAAAAGAAUUAUUACAGCACUUCGAGAUACUCUUGAAACACGAGACUGGCAAACAAAUGCAUUUGAAUUUAAAUUAAUAGACUAUCAUAAUUGGUUUUCACCAACAAUGAAAUUUUUAUUGGAAGGUUUUGUUGCACAGAUCAGACAAGCAAUGGAAAGAGCAGUAGAAGAUGAUAAUGAGGUUUUUCAUGAUGAAGAUUUUAUCCGAUAUUCUCAAUCGUCUAAGGCAGCUACUAAUCUAUGUAUGAAGCUUUGUCAAGAAUGGGAAUCGGUUGACUAUCCUGAUAUAAAUAUACGUUAUAUAGCACUGAUUAAAUUAACAAAUACAAUAUGUGAACAAUGUCAGCAUUAUGCAAGACGUACCGCACAUAAAUUAGCAGAAAAUGAAUAUUUUACUGAUUUAAAUCGGACACGAUCAUUUGAUGUUUCGAAAAAAUUAUGCAUAUUAGUUAAUGAUAUUGAAUAUUUUAAACAAAGACUUCUUUCAUCAUUACCAGAUUUAUUGCAUUUCUCAUCUGUUAUUGAUAAAAUGAUUGAAAACUAUGAAUCAACCGGUUUCCAACAAACAAAAGUAACACUUGAACGUUUAAUAAACACAGCCGAAAAUGAAAUGAAUGAUGUUAUCAAACUUAUAUUUGAACAUGUUGCAACAUUAUUUUGUGUAUCCUUGAAAGAUAAAAUUCUCAAAUACUAUAAAGAUGAAAAAUGUAAAAAAGUCGAACCUAUGAAAGAUAUAAAUCAAUAUAUUGACCAAGAAAUUCUUCUUAAACUGUAUGAAGGUCUCGAAAAAGUUCAAUAUUCUCGUGUUGCUUGUGCUAUACGCGUAAAGGUAUUACAAUGUUUAAGAGAAUUCUUACCAUCACAAGAAUCGCCAGAUUUUUAUGUGCGUGUUUUACAAUCAUUUGAUCGUUUAGCUGCAUACUUUGAAACUGUAUGUCGUGAAGAACAACAUAUACCUGGUCCACCAUGUGAAGAAAUUACAAUAUUUCAACGCACACUUCAACAAUAUGCAUUAUCAACUGAACAAUGA